AUGCAGGGGACCGCAUUCGUCAACUACAUUCGCGACUUUCACCGGCAGCUUCUCGACCGUGGCUUGAUCAACGGUACGCCACACGUGCUCGUGCUUGAUGGCCACGCCUCGCAUGUCACCUACGAAGUUGUCAAAUUGGCCAGGGACCUAAACAUCGUCCUUUACCAGAUACCGUCCCACUCGUCUCAUGUUGUUCAGCCCUUGGACGUCGUGUCGUUUGGGUCAUUCAAGCGGGAAAUCACCAAGCUUCUCGACCGUGGCUUGAUCAACGGUACGCCACACGUGCUCGUGCUUGAUGGCCACGCCUCGCAUGUCACCUACGAAGUUGUCAAAUUGGCCAGGGACCUAAACAUCGUCCUUUACCAGAUACCGUCCCACUCGUCUCAUGUUGUUCAGCCCUUGGACGUCGUGUCGUUUGGGUCAUUCAAGCGGGAAAUCACCAAGGUUCUCUCGGCCUUCCCGGCACGAAACGGCGGAAGGGUGCCCGCGAAGAGCGACAUGUUGGGCAUUCUUGGGGAUGCUUGGUUGCGGAGCUUUUCCGAGGAACAGAACAUAUCAUCCUUUGCAGGGGCAGGCCUUUGGCCGGUGGACGGGGAGCGGGCGAUGGGUCGACUUCAAGAUGUAGGGAAGAGGAAGCAACGAUCAGGUGCCCGCCCGCCCGUCGAGGACAUCACAGUGGCCAUUUCCGACUAGGAUCUUGCCGACAACCUCGGCCCACGAACGUUUCGCGAGCUGCAGCAAAAGGGCCAGUGCGUCAAGGGCAUCCUUAUCAACACGGUCAUGCUCGGAGCCUUCGUCAAGGCGAAAAAGAAGCAGAAGAAGCUCGCCAUCACCCGCAAGUCGCAAGGUCUCCCGGAAGGAGGGGUUAUCACGUGCGAUGACGUCAUGCAAAAAUACCUCGAGGACGAACGCCAGAAGGUGGAGGCCNGGGA